CUCUUGCCAGCUUGUUGCACCGUCCUCCAUCUCCUCUCUUCCUCUCUCUCUCUCUCUCUCUAAAACUAGUUCAACUUCUCUCUCUAGAAGAAACAGAGAGGGAAACGAUGUCUUCGGAUGACGAAGGAAGAGAGGAAUACCUCUUCAAGAUUGUGGUGAUCGGCGACUCUGCCGUCGGCAAAUCGAAUCUUCUGUCUCGUUACGCUCGGAACGAGUUCAGUGCGCAUUCCAAGGCCACGAUCGGCGUUGAGUUUCAGACUCAGAGUAUGGAGAUUGAAGGUAAAGAGGUUAAAGCUCAGAUUUGGGACACUGCUGGCCAGGAGCGGUUCCGUGCCGUCACUUCCGCUUAUUACCGUGGCGCCGUCGGUGCACUCGUCGUUUACGACAUCACCCGCCGCACUACUUUCGAGAGCGUCGGACGUUGGCUCGAUGAGCUUACGAUCCAUUCGGAUACAACGGUGGCGAGAAUGCUGGUGGGAAACAAGUGUGACUUGGAAAACAUAAGAGCAGUGAGCGUGGAGGAAGGGAAAGCACUAGCAGAAGCUCAGGGACUCUUCUUUGUGGAAACAUCGGCACUUGAUUCAACCAAUGUGAAAACAGCUUUUGAGAUGGUGAUACUUGAUAUCUACAACAACGUGAGCCGUAAGCAGCUAAACUCCGAUACUUAUAAAGAUGAACUCACCGUGAAUCGGGUAAGUCUUGUUAAGGAUGAUAACACUACUACUGCCUCCAAACACACCUCUGGUUUCUCUUGUUGUUCUUCCACUUAAACCAAAUAAAAAAAAAAUCCAAAAACAACCUAUUUAUUUUAUUUUUAUUUUUCCCUUUAUUUGUCUUGUAGAAAGAAAAAAAAAAUCCAUGAACUGUAAUUUAUUUUUUUGCCUUCUACUUUUAUAAAAUUUUGGCAAAAUAGUGAAAUCAUCACUAGUAUUUUUUUA